CAAGUGAUUGUAAGGUGCGAAAGUGGAUGCUUAGAUGGAUUAGGGCAAUAAUGGGCGUGGUUAACCGUUCUACAAUAAGAUGGGUAGGGAGAAGAAAUGUCAACACGCAAAUAGAUAGACUAUUGACUGAUAUCGGCAUGUGUACUUGUGUAGUAGAUUAUGUAGUGCAUUCCCCCAAUAUUAAACCGCAGGUACAUCGGAUAUUUUUACGACUAUUGAUGUUUCCAUUAUCUUGCUCUCUUUAGUUCCUUCUCCACAGUGCUCGCUCUUAGUCAUCAUAAAACUUCGACAGAACCAAUUGAAGACGUUUGAAUUUGUCAAUUGUGUAUUUUCAAAAGAGAGACAUUUCAAAAUGACUCCCACUCUGGAGAAUAAUUCAGUUCCACGACAACGCUCGUCUCAAGAGAACGUGAAUGGAAACGAUGGAUUGCCAUUACCAAACGAAGAUGGAAACAAUUCACUUAACAGUAUCAAGAGAUUGAGCAACGAUCAGUUUAGCGACAAAGAUGACAUGCGGAUGAAGCGGCAGGUUGGACUGUUCAGUGGCGUUACCCUUAUCGUGGGAACUAUGAUCGGCUCCGGCAUAUUUGUAUCAGCGGGAAGUCUUCUAGCCAAUGCGGGGUCUCCUGGAUUAUGUCUCGUCCUCUGGGGUGUGUGUGGUGUUUACUCUUUACUAGGUGCCAUAGCUUAUUGCGAGAUUGGUACCCUGAUACCUAAAUCUGGAGGAGAAUAUAUAUAUUUUCUUGAAGCAUUUGGGCCGACGCAUAAAUUCUUUGGUCCAAUAUUGGCCUUCAUCUUCGCUUGGGUUACAGUUUUUCUAAUUAACCCUUCAUCAGUAGCAAUUUUAUCGCUUUCAUUCGCCAAGUAUUUAAGCUCACCUAUCCUGACGGCAGUAAAUUUUUGUCCGGAUGAAUAUCUAACCUACGUUUUAGAUCGACUUCUGGCUACCAUUUGCAUAGGUGCCAUUACUUUUGUUAACUGUUACUCGGUAAAGGGCGCUACGCACGUACAAAACAUUUUCACGAUUGGAAAACUGACUGCCAUUGCCAUCAUUAUUGGUGGAGGAUUGUAUUACCUAGGUUUAGGGUACACUGAAAAUCUGGAAAUUGGAUUUGAAGGAUCAGCCUCUUCGUUCGGACAAAUAGCUACAGCAUUCUAUGGUGGACUCUGGGCUUAUAGUGGCUGGAACAAUCUAAACUUUAUUACGGAAGAGCUGAAAAAUCCGUACAGGAAUCUGCCGUUGGCCAUUAUUAUCGCUCUUCCAUUAACCACCAUCUGCUAUGUGCUCAUCAACGUUUCCUAUCUAACUGUUUUAACACCACAACAGAUAAUCUCCUCGGAUGUGGUUGCUGUGGACUGGGGAGAUGCAGUGCUGGGCUCUGCCAGUUUCUUAAUUCCGCUCGGAGUAGUGAUAUCUGUAAUUGGUACAACAAAUGGAACGUUGUUUGCUGCAGGAAGGAUCUCGCAUGUAGUUGGGCGAGAAGGUCAAUCUCCUGAUUUUCUGUCUUACAUACACUUCGAAAGGAAGACGCCCAUUGCCCCAAUUUUGUUGACCAGUCUCUUGGGGAUACUCAUGAUCAUCCCAGGAGAUAUAGCUACGCUAAUAGAUUUCUUCGGAUUUGCAAUUUCAAUCUUUUAUUGCGCUGCUAUGGUGGCAUUGAUAGUAAUGAGAUUCACGAAAAAAGACGAACAUAGACCAAUUAAGGUGCCCAUCAUCAUUCCAGUUAUUGUUAUGGUGGUUUCAGCUAUCCUGGUCGUCGCACCCAUAGCCGCGGCUCCACAAGUGCAAUACUUCUAUGUCCUCCUUUUCAUUUUCGCUGGUCUUAUUUUUUACAUACCUUUCGUAUAUUAUAAGAAAUCGUUACCGGGAAUAAGUUUCAUCACAAUUUUCUUCCAGAAGUUGUUUCAGAUAGUCCCAACUAGUCACGAAUUUGAAGAAAGAUAAUAAAUAAGAUAAAUCAAUACGAGUCACAAUCAUCAGCACCGAUAAAAAAUGAAUUUUAUUUUAUUUUCUUAUGUUUCCCAUAAUUUCUGUGCAUUUUUUGCGAUGUGAUAAUAGUAGCAAAACGUACACAAAACCUAUUAUUUACAUAAAUGCGCAAUUUUUUUUUUGCAAUUGUCUAUUGCUCACUCCAAAAUGUUGUAAAAUCAAGUAGCCUCAAAUUUACACUGCAUAAAUGAGAAUUGUGACAGACAAA